GCUUGAGAUACGGUGACCUGACGGGAAUUCCCAGCAUGAAUUGCAGCAGAUCGUCUAAUGUUUCGUUCGGAGCUUCCAACAGCAUGUUCACUCGCAGGAGGCGGAAGGAGACGCGACAGCGGCGACAGCGCACCACCUUCACCAGCGAUCAGACGCUCAAGCUAGAGAUGGAGUACCACCGCACCGAGUACAUCACGCGGAUGAGGCGGGUGGAGCUCGCGGAGCUGCUCAGCUUGACCGAGACGCAGAUCAAGAUAUGGUUCCAGAACCGCCGGGCUAAGGACAAGCGGAUCGAGAAAGCCCAGCUCGACCAGCAGUACAGGAGCAUGGGACUUCCUACACCUGGCUGUACUUAUGCUGCCACAUAUCCAGGGUUCUGCGGAGCCUGCUACUACAGUCCUACAACGUCCAGUAUGAAUCCCACUGCUGCCACCAUUGGAAGGCCAUACCACCAGCUAAGUCUUUGAAGACGUCACAAUUACCUUCAUUCCUGGUCUUUCUUUAGGUAAACAAUCUAGUCUUUCCUGUAAAAGAGUGUACGUACAAGUUACGAUGACUUUAUCAUUAAUUUUUCACCUCUUUUGAGACAUCUCCUCAACACAAAAUCUUAGAUUUGUAUCCCAUAUGUGUAUCAAGAACCCGUAGGGGAAAAAAUUCUUGUGUCAUUGACCAACUACUCAAUUUUAUCCAAAAAUAUAUACAUUUAAUGAGUCUGUCAAGUUUUCUUGUUGGAGAGAAAUUUUGGUCCGCUUCAUUCUCAGCAUAAUUGCUGCAGACUUUGAGAAUUGGCAGUCACAAACUGUUUCGGUCAUUUAGAUUAAUCCACAUGACAAUGACCUUUGAGAAAAAAAUACCUUCAUCUUCAGUUUCGCCAUUUGAUUUAAUUUUGUACAUUCAGAAGAAAUACGUGGCAUUGUUAAAGGGAAUUUGUUUAAAAUUAUUUUGUAGCUCUACUAGUUUUUUUUUACUUCAAAAAAUUGUGUUUUGAACUCAUGCAAGAACUAACAACAGGAAUUCCCGUUUGUUGCUACAGCUAUCAUUUAUUAUAAUGAUCGUUAUCCAACUCAACCUUUAUCCCAAAUCGAUUUGAUCAAACUUUGCGCCAUACAUUUCUUCAAGCAAACUACGUCUGGGUAAUUUCAAUCAGAAACGCUAAAAGUAGAUAUAAGACAUGGAAAUCUAACCGAUGUACAUAUACAAGGCGAUAGUGGUAUCUAAUUAUUUUAAAUAAUGGAAUGCUCUUUCUAAAUGACAUUUGUUGUA